AUGCCCAAACGCUAUUUUUAUGACUUAACUCGCUCGACGCCCGAAAACCCCCCCGUCGCCUUCGGCACCAGGAGGGGGGCCGGGCCGAUGGGCAAACCGGCCGUGAGGCCUCAGGUCUCUGCUCCCCACCUGCCCUCAGAUUCCCCUGCUCCUCUCCUCAAUUUCCCCCGCUCCUGCUCCUGCUCCUCAAUUUCCCCUGCUCCCCUCCCGCUCCACGCCCCUCCUCAAUUGCCCCCGCUCCUCUCCGCUCCACAGCCUGCUCCUCGAUUGCCCCUGCUCCUGCUCCUGCCCCCCACCUCUCCUCAGAUUGCCCCUGCUCCUGCUCCCUCCUCAGAUUGCCCCUGCCCUGCUCCUCAGAUUCUGUCCCUGCCCACAUUUGGGCCUCUGCUCCUGCUAAUUUCACCAAAUUCCUCGUUGGCCCUGCCCAGCUCCUGCCAGAACCCACCUGUUUUCCCCCUUGCUCCCCUUUUCAGUCUCCCCCCUGUUCCUACUGGUGGCCAGGCUCUCUUUUUUCCCCAUCGCUCCUGCACAACCUGCUGGCCUUUCCUCUCCAUUAAAUCCUGCACAGCUUCGCGGGGUUUCUGCUGCUCCAGAAGAAGCGUCACCCCUUCCACCUCCCAGUCUUCCAUAAGGCUUCUGCCCCUGUUAGGGGCAAGGCUGCCCUCUUCUCCUCAGCCCCUGCACAACCCUGCUACCCCUGCACAACCUCUCAUUUUUGCCCCCUGUUCCUAUUUGGGGCCAGGCGCUCUGUCUUCUCCAUCAGCCCCUGCAAAACCCUCUCAGUUGCGCUUUCCCUACUGGGGGCCCCGCUGCUCUUUUUCCCCAUCAGCUCCUGCACAGGCUGCUCAAGCUUCACCUUUCAAAAACCCCUUUGUCUUCCUUUUAAAAAACCCACUGUCUCCCAUAUUAAUGGUUCCCGCGGCUCCUGCUUCAACGGGCUUUCCCCGUACCCAAAAAGAACCAGGCUGCCUUAUCUGCACCACUCCCAGACCUACCUUGCACCAACUAGAAAUCAGGCUGGGUCUUCCUUUCCCCAAACUUCGCUUCUCCCGUCAAAUCAGGCUGCAUCCCACUCCUCAGCCAUCUUCUGCCCCCGCUAGAAGUCAGCCUACCCCUUUUAUCUCCAGUUCAGGGGCCGCCAGCCUUCCAUCGUGCCAACCAGGGGACAAUCUUCCCCCAACACAGGGCCCCAAAAAGCCUCACCCCUUCCGCUGCAAAAAAUGUCAUCUUUGCCUUCCCGGGGUUCCUUCAACAUCAACGGGGG